UAUAAUAUUAUAACAUAAUGAAUGUUAUGAAAAUAUAGUAUGACUUUCUUUCACCCUCUCUCCAGGCCAUGGGGGACCCCCUGUCAGACUGCAGCCCCUUAAUCAGUGCAGCGGCCUUGGGUAAGCUCCGUCUGGUCCGCCUGCUGGUGGAAGGCGGGGCUCAGGUCAAUGGGCGCAACCCCAGAGGAGAGACGGCUUUGCUGGCCGCCUGUAAAGCCCUGAGAGGGGAGCCCGCUGGGCCCGACACGGUGAAACUCCUCACAUACCUGCUCCAGAACAAGGCAGAUCCAAACGCACAGGACCGUUCUGGCCGUACUCCUCUAAUGUACGCCUGUAUGGAGCGAGCAGGAGCUCAGGUGGCAUCCACCCUGCUGUCCGCAGGAGCCGACCCCAGCUUGGAGGACUACUCCGGAGCCUCAGCUUUGGUGUACGCCAUCAAUGCACAGCACCAGCCGACGCUGGAGGUGUUGAUGGAUGCCUGUCGGGCCAGGGGUCGUGACAUCAUCAUCAUCGCUACAGAGAUGGGUGUGACUGGAGGCCCGGUGACCAGACGUUAUCUGAAUGUCCCUCCAUCCCCUGACACCUCGCCGGUGUCCUGCAUGUCCCCGUCCGACAUCGUUAUCAAGACGGGCUCACCCAACUCACCUGAGGGAGAAAACAUCUUCAACUUCAGAGGAACCAGUGAACAUCCCUCCUGUGAGCUGAGUCCACUGAGCCAGUGUAGCACUCCACCUCCCAGACAGAGGAUGUUAUCUGAACCAUGGCUGGCCAUUCACAACCUGGCCUGUCUGAACAGAGCUUACGAGGAGGGCACAAGGGAGAGGAACCUGCAGGAGGAGGGAGAGCGAGGGGAUUUAAGGAGGGAGGGAGGAGGGAGUGAGGAUGAGGAUGAGGAUGAGGAGUCACAUUGGAAGAGAGACAGGACAGAAGAGAGGAGGGAGAGCAUAGUUCACAGGAGGGAUAACAGACACGGAGGAGAGAAUUACAACAGCUGCCAUGAGGAUUUCCUUCCAAGGGUGUCUCAGUCAAUCCUCUCCCUCACAGAGGGGAGAUCGUCUCAGGCAACCUCGAGCACGCUGGUCCUCAAGACGUGUCUGACACCUGGAGGGUCAACGUCGGACAAGAUGGCCCAAAAGAGCUCUGUCGAUAAGCUUCCUGCCUGCCCGUCCCCUCACUCCCAGCUCCGCAGGAACACCCUCCCCUCUGUCACGGUGGUCCCGCCUCUGCUUCACCUCCCUCCCUUAGCCAACCAAUCAGAAUCUCACCUGCAGGUACCAGCCCAGGCCUUGCUCUCCAAAAGCAGGAGCAUGGUGUUCCUACCUCAUCCGCCCAGCUCCUCUCCACCCUCCUCUUCAUCCAGAGCAUCUGCGAGACCGGCGCUGCUCCCUCAGCUCCCCCUCGCCUUCUCCCUCACCUCCCUGGUCGCUCCUCCUGCCUCCUGCUGCAGCGAGAGGAGCAGGAGGUCGCUGCGUCGCCACUCAGUGCAGCUUGAACCGAUCAGAGGAGGAGAGCAGAUGAAGCACCUGGGCCUUUGAGGCUGUUUCUGUUGGAAGCAACGUCUUCCCUCUGUAAUAAAAUUCUUUGACAUGAGAAAGGAUAAAGUUUGACCUCAAACUAAACAGCAGCCGGAAUACAAAGACAAAAAAAAUAUACAGUUUAACAAAGGCUCAUGAAUCUGUGUAAACCCUACAAAGGCUUGUUUUGUAGCAGAAGUGCAUACAAAGCAAAGUAAAACUUUAAAAAGAAAAACAAUUAAAAUAAAAAAAGA